GUUUGUCUUGGGGACACAUUUUGCACUUCAUAGUUAAUUAAAUAUCAACAGAUCCUAAGAUGGAGGUCACCGAGGAGUGGAUUUUGUGAGAAGCUGUUUAACCCAUGUAAUGUGCCGUAAUGGUUGAUACAGCCAGGCGAGAUAAGUGUGCUAGUGUUGCAGGAUUUUGUACUUACUACUUGAUAUGAAUACGUGAUAUCUGGGAUAUUUUGUGUGUUAUUUCAGGGAGAUAUCUUGGUCGAAAUCGGAAUGAGUCGCGAACAAGAUUGUGUUGACCGUCGCGAUGGUCGCAAUCACAAUAAUGGAUCUCAGGCCAGCUGCCCAGUGGCAAUACCCGGGAGCUCGGGCGGGGUAAGCAGUGAGGUGUCCGGUCAUGCAAGAAUGGUGCUGCGAGAAAUGCACAGCCUACAGCAACAGGGAGAUUUAUGUGAUGUUGUUCUUAGAGUAGAUGGCCAUAAAGUAAAAGCCCACAGAGCAGUGCUCUCUGGGUGUAGCCCCUAUUUUAAGGCCAUGUUCACUGGAAAUUUGUGUGAAAGUGAGAAAGAAGAAAUUGAUCUGAAAUCAGUCGAUAAGACAGCAAUCAACACUCUUGUAGACUUUGCCUACACAGGAAAAAUAGCAGUUACCCAUGUCAAUGUCCAAUCUCUCUUGCCAGCAGCUAAUCUUUUUCAAAUGCAUUCUGUAAAAAAGCUAUGCUGCGAGUUCUUACAAUCUCAACUCCAUGCCACAAAUUGCCUUGGGAUCACUCAUUUUGCCGAAGUCCAUGCUUGUAAGGAACUUCAGGCAUAUGGUGAUAAAUUCAUUGCUGCUCAUUUUCAAGAACUCAGCCAGAGCGAAGAAUUUUGCCAUCUUGUCUUUGAAGAGUUGACUAGAAUCCUGUCAAGAGAUGACCUCAAUAUUUCGUCUGAAGAAGUGGUCUUUGAUGCUCUUGAUAUCUGGUUGAAUUACGAUCCUAACAGACGACAGUGCUAUCUUGGAAGAGCUCUUCAGUGUAUACGGCUGCCUCAGCUCACACAUAAGACUUUAACAAAGUUAUACAGCACCCACCCCUUUAUCAAGGAGAAUGCUCUCUGCCAAGAACAGGUGAACAAAGCACUGCAAUACCAUCUCAACACAGAGGAUCGGCUUACACUGGCCAAAAACAUGAAAGACAAAUUAAAGAAGAGAGGAGAGUUAGAGAUGUUUUGUGCUGUUGGAGGAAAGAAUGGCUUGUUUGCAACUCUUGACAGUGUUGAAGUCUACCGAGCAGAGACAGAUAGCUGGAGUGAAGUAGCCUCCUUGAACUGCAGGCUUCAGGAAUGCGCUGCCGCAGUUGUUGACCAGAACCUGUACGUCAUCGGAGGAGUGCGAUGCCAACUCAGAAACGGCACCUCCUAUCGUUGCUAUGACAAUGGUGUUGAAAGAUGGCAUCCAGACACUAACACUUGGAGUACAGCGGCCAGCAUGCACAUGUGUCGGAGCAAUCAUGGUGUUGCAGUGCUUAAUGGGAAAAUCUACGCUCUCGGAGGAUAUAAUGGAGAGUCUUACAUGAAGAAUGUAGAAGUGUACUGUCCAAAGAACAACCAGUGGAAAAUGGCCACACCAAUGCUUGAACGCAGGAGUAUCUUCACCACAGCUGUAGUUGAUGGAAAGAUCUAUGCCAUUGGUGGCUAUGGACCUAACUAUCUUAACAGUAUGGAAAGAUAUGAUCCAGACAAGGACUUCUGGGAAAAGGUAGCACCACUCACCGAUCGAAGGAUUAACUUUGGGGUAGCUGUACUUCAUGGGUUCAUCUAUGUUGUUGGAGGACACAAUGGGGAGCAGUAUCUAGACAGCGUAGAACGUUAUGACCCGCAUCAGGAUAAUUGGAAAACAGUGGCUUCAAUGGGCAUGCCAAGAACAGGUCUUGGAGUGACUGUUAUGGGUGGACAUAUCUAUGCAGCUGGUGGUCAUUCUGGGGCAGCCUAUCUUGACCGGGUGGAGAAGUAUGACCCAUUCACAGACACCUGGACAUUGGCCAAGACCAUGCUGAAUUGCAGGUGUAAUUUUGCCUUUGCUGCCUUGUAAGCCAAGUAUCAUAUAAACCCAUAUCCUGUGCUCUCUCUGGGUACCAAUUCAAGAAAUUUGUCGGCAAUGGCAAGUUGAAGUUGUCAUUAUCGGACGUGGGAACACAGACUUUUUUUCCCAAUCAAUCCAAACCAUGGAUUUCAGGACUGAAAAUUUAGUCAAUAAUGACAUUUUCAUGAAUGAUUCCUCAAUCUGCCAACUAUUUCAAAAUAUGAUAAAUUGAUAAACCUUUUUCUUCAGUAUGAUAUUAAAAGGGGAAAAUGGCCAUUGAAUUUUUUCAGUCUGAUUGCAGAUUUAUAGGAAGAAGUUUCAUUCUCAAAUGAUACAAUUAAUCGGUCACUGGAGAAAUGGUAAUUGAAGAAGCCCCCCCCCCCCCUUUUUUUAGAACAUGUCAUAAAGAGUCCUAAGGGUGCAAGAAUUAAUUGUCAAAAGCUCAUUUUGGGUACAGAAAUAUUAUGACAAGGAUGUCGAGUUUGUAAAAUAAUGGAAUUAAGGUUUCAUACUGAUAAAAGUAAGUUGGUAAAAGAAAUCAGUAUUACUGCAGAUAAAUAUUUGUGUUCACAUUAUACAUUGUUUUUUGUACUCAUUAAAUGUGACAUUAGUCAUGUACAUGUAAUUGGGCAUUAAACCUAUUCCUUCACUAGGAUAUUAGACCUGCAAUCAGACCAUUUGUCAUAACACUAAUGCGGUAAUGGGCAUUAGACUAGUCCUCGAACAGGAUGUUGUUUGUAUCAUGGGGCCUUUGAUCUGAAAUUGGGCACUUUUCAUACAUAAAGUAAAUGAAGAAUUAAUUUUAAUCACUUAAUCAAAUAAUCAAAACAAUAAUCAUGGAUAGACAGCCCCUAUAUUAAACUUAUUAAUAUUAUUAUUUAUCUGGAUUUUAUUAACGUCGUGUAAUUUGUCUAGAUCUGUUUUAGAUGAGGAUUAUGAACAGGAUGUGGGUUUGCUUACAUGUGUGUAAUUUUGAUUACCUCGACAGCAAUAUCAAUCAUAUGACUGUGCAUAUAUACAUUUAUUAUCUCACAUAUUUAACUGUUUAUUAUCCAUAUAAAGUUGACUGUAUGAAUCAAUGAAAAUGAUGCAAUAGUUAUUAACAGGUGAUAAAGGGACCAGAGGUGAUAUUGUUACCAAGUGUUAU